AAUUCUAAAAUCUUCAAAAAUUUAAAAUUUUUUUCAAAAUUCUUAAAAAUAUCUAGACUUAUAAAACAAAAUGUUUUUAUCCCUAUUUACCAGACUUUUGGCUACCAGCAUGAAUUCAUGAAUGCUUAGUGCCUGCUGCCCUACGUUUGUAUUCGGGAACUGCAUGUAGAAGCAAUUGUCCCCUAACAAAACCCUGUACCAUGGAAUAUCCCAAAAAGAAAUGUGAAGAGCCCGAGUGUCAACCCAGACAACCCUGUUGUCCUCUAUCAUUUACAAAAUGUCCCGCUGUAACAGAAGAUUUGUGCAAAGAAAAACCUGAAUGUUGUGGCAGCAAAAGAUUGGCCCAAGAUCCCUGUAACUGUAAAGGAGCUCGACAGCAAGAUACUAAAAAAGAAACGAAAUUGGAAAGACGUAUACAGCCACAAACAUCGGUCUGGGAAUAUCCGGCUGAAUGUUGUGGCAAUCCCUGUCCUGAUUUAUUGCCCAGAUUUGAUAGUCUCUACUAUAGUCCCACGGACAAGGCCAAACGGCAAUAUCAACAGACCUGGGUGGAAUGUCCACCGGUGCAAAUACGCAAACGUAAAGUCUGCUGUUAUGAUUCUACCGAACUACCACCCAUAUGCCGGCGCAAGAAGGCAGAAUGUCCUAUUACGGCCUGUGAAUUUGAUUCGCGUAAAAUGAAAGCUUUGUGUUCUACCGGCUCAAAUAGUAAAUGUCCUCGUCUUGUAGCGCCCUGUUGUCUACGGGGUCGUUAUCCUCCCUCAUGCAGACGAUCCGCAUCUACAACAAAGUGUGAAAAGAAAUGUUGCCCCUAUCCAUCCUUUUCGGAAUGUUGUUAUCCCUGUCCGCCACCUAAAAGACACAGGGAAUGUACUUGUACAGCUGUGCAGUCAAACUGUGUGAUCUUUAAAUAUUUGAAACGUAAAUUGAUUUACGAUUUGCCACCACCUUUACCAGCCUGGCCACCCAAAAUGCUGGGACCUCGUUAGAGUUCCAACAUUGUGGGAUUGGUAACUCUGGAUAGUUACUCUGUAAUUCGAUGCGAAACAAAAUAUGUUCGAAUUUGUAUUGAUAUUCGAAUUUUUUAAUUUAGAAUCGAAUUACGGAGUAAAGUCUAUCCAAAUGCUAAGAUUUUGAGGGAUUUUAUUCAACAAAGAUUUAUAAUAUAGAUGGGAGAUGUUUCAAAAUAUUAAAUCUUUGUUAAAUGAAAUUCUA